CUACCCAUCGCACCAACACACACAUUCACUUGCAAGCGCACCUUGACUUACCUUGCAAUCCGCACCGCAACGCCGAGGCGAACAAAAUCCAGCAUGGCCUCUGUCGCAGCCCAGCAAGGCUCAGCCAGAUCGGGCACAUCGGGAAACCAGCUCUCUCAAGAGGAAAGAGCUAGGACUGGGGCUGGGGAUCGCCUCCGGGAUUUCGAGCAAGACAUUGACCUUGAGUUGGUGAGCAGCGAUCAUGCUGGGAGCCGCGAGCGACAAGGAAGCCGAAUCGAGCGUGACAUUGAUGCAGUCAUGUUGGUUGACCAGCUCAUUCCCCACGGCGCAGGGGCUGUCGAUGAAGGAGCUCAGCCCAAUGAUGGUCAGGCGGAAGACCUUCGAGGUGUUGGGUCGCAAUUCUCGGAAUAGUGUUGCGGUCGCCCUGAGAGCUAAGUCAGUGUCGGCCGCAAUACUGUACCAAGGUGUCGCGACUCCUCCUCAUCAUUCUGGUUGCACCAAGCUGCCCGCUCAUCUCAUCCUUU